CUCUGCUCUGUGUGUGUCGAAACCAACUCACGCGCCAACGCCACAAGAUGAUGUCGGCACUCUCCAACGCAUGUGCAGCCCUGCUCCUGUUUGCCGCAACAACCACACGAACUUGCGAAGCCUUCGUCGCCUCCUCUAGUCCUUACACACGACAAGUACCGACGACAACAGCAGCAGCUCGAUGCCGAAGUUCCCUCGAUGGAUUGGAGCGAACGGGGCAGCAACAACAACGGCAACGGGAGCGAUCUGGGAGGACAGGGACGAUGAUGAUGGCGGUGUCACACGCUGCUGCGGAAGAGAUCUCCAACAUGGAGGACGUGCCGAAACUCAAGGACCCCGUGGCCAUUGCGGAUUUCGAGGCUCUCGAUAUUCGGGUUGGGCGUAUCGUUCUGGCCGAGUUGAUCCCGGACCCCGACCAUGGAAACAAGCCCAGCCGAAAGUAUUUGUCUCUUGUCGUGGACCUUGGCAACGAAAAGCGUAGGGUGGUGAGCGCUGUGCGGUCCAUCGUGGACGUCGAGGACGCCAUUGGGAAAGCCGUGUUGAUGGCCGCCAACGUGGAGGAGGAGACCAUCCUCGGGCUGCCCAGCAGGGGGAAGCUGCUGUCCGGCUCCAACUUCAGCAAGGAACCGAUGCCCAGGACCUUGCGCACAGUUCUGCUCGGAGGCGGAGGGGUCCCGCCGGGUAGCGCCGUGUCGGGGCUCUAGGUGAGCGAGGGGGGUUGAAUCUGGAGCAAGUGCCAUGGGGAAGGCGAAGCUGCACCUGGGCUCCACGUGCCGAGGAGGGAGGGGCAAGGACUUCUGCGACUUUGGCCUGAUUUACUCUCCACCUAGGAUGGAUUUCAGUGGGUGCACGCUCCCCUGGACGGUGCGGAGAAAGUGUCAUCAACACCGCCUGGUCAGGAUAGGCUCUUGGCGGGAGAUUCAGGAACAAGGCGCGGGUUGCUGAGUGCGAAACCCCUGGAGGAAGGGGGCGCGUGUCCGCGUGUUGUCGGAGGAAUUCCCGGAAAACUUACGUGAUACUAGCCAGCCUUAGUUGUAGCUCGAGAAGGCCGACCAUGCCGGCUCCAUACGGAGGAGCCUCCGAUGUUGGGUGAGAGAAUGCGGGGGUUGCAUGUCAUGUCCAACCGGAGGGUGGAUUGGCCUGAUCCGCAGAAGCACACUUGAGUGGGCGGCCUCAUGUUGUGGUGUUGGUCCCUUGUGCGUUCUCUGCUAACCUUGAGCAACACCUUGAUUGGGCUAAGUUUUGGCCUGGCUGGGGCAGAGGUUGGUUGUGGAACAAUGGGCGGCUUCUGUAUGUGACGGUUUUCCGCUUCUCGAGUUCGGGUGUGUGUGUGUGUGUGUGUGUUUUUGUUUUUUCUUUUCUUACUAUGACACAAUAUCCAUCUCUAUCU